AUGACUUCUACCGCGACGGCCCAGAACUUGUCCUUUGUCCUGGAGGGCAUCCACCAGGUCAAAUUUGAGGAUCGCCCCGUCCCCGAACUGAAGAACCCUCACGAUGUCCUCAUCAACGUCAAGUACACCGGAAUCUGCGGCAGCGAUGUGCACUACUGGGAACACGGCUCGAUCGGACAAUUCGUCGUCAAGGAGCCGAUGGUGCUCGGUCACGAGUCCGCCGGUGUUAUCAGCCAGGUUGGCUCGGCUGUGACAACGCUGAAGGUGGGCGACCGCGUCGCAAUGGAGCCCGGGAUCUCCUGCCGGCGGUGCGAGCCCUGCAAGGGCGGCAAAUACAACCUCUGCGAGAACAUGGCCUUCGCCGCCACCCCGCCCUAUGACGGCACGCUGGCCAAAUACUACGUCCUCCCGGAGGACUUCUGCUACAAGCUGCCGGAGCAUCUCUCACUGCAGGAGGGCGCGCUCAUGGAGCCGCUGAGCGUGGCAGUGCACAUCGUGCGUCAGGCACAGGUCAGCCCCGGGCAGUCCGUGGUGGUGUUUGGCGCCGGCCCUGUGGGACUGCUGUGCUGCGCGGUGGCGACGGCCUUUGGGGCCUCGAAGGUGAUUGCCGUGGACAUCCAGCAGCCACGGCUGGACUUUGCCAAGCAGUACGCGACCACGUCGACCUUCAUGCCGUCCAAGGUAUCUGCGAUCGAGAACGCCGAGCGACUGCGCCAGGAGAACGACCUCGGCGCUGGUGCCGACGUGGCCAUUGACGCCUCUGGCGCUGAACCCUCCGUCCACACCGGCAUCCACGUCCUCCGCAACGGCGGCACGUACGUGCAGGGUGGCAUGGGCCGCAGCGAGAUCCACUUUCCGAUCAUGGCGGCCUGCUCGAAGGAGCUGACGCUGAGGGGCAGCUUCCGCUACGGCAGCGGCGACUACAAACUUGCCGUCGGGCUGGUCUCGUCCGGCAAGGUGGAUGUGAAGAAGUUGAUCACGGGCACGGUCAAGUUCGAGGAAGCCGAGAGCGCGUUCAAGGAGGUCAAGGCCGGCAAGGGCAUCAAGACCCUGAUUGCUGGUUUUGACAGUUAA